AAUUCGGCUCCCAGAUUUAGCAAGUGGCACGCUUCCAUCUAUAAACUCAUUCAUUCCACACCCACGCAGCUCAGCUAGCUAGAGAGUGAAAGCCAGUACAGGAGAAGCAGAGCAAAUAUCUUCCCCCGGCCGGCCCUCUCUUCUCCGAUGGAUCAAGCUCUCCAUGGCGCAGCUGCCUCCCUAGACCUGUCCCUGACCCUGGCCCCCGUGACACCGCCACCACCGGCAGCACCCCCGUCCUCCUCCUUUUGGGCUGAAGGAGACGCCGCUGCCAACCACGGCGGCCAUGGCGGCCAUGACGGCGAAGCGAGAUCGAGGCGGCUGUUCUCGUGCCUCUUCUGCGACAAGAAGUUCCUCAAGUCUCAGGCGUUGGGGGGCCACCAGAAUGUGCACAAGAAGGAGCGGGCCGGCAGCUGGAACCCUCACCUCUACCUCCAACCCGACCACGGCGACUGGCCGGCCGCCGCGGCAGCAAAGGCGCCGGCGAGAUGGCCAGACGCGCGCCUUGACGACCACGGCGAGAAGCAGUUGCAGCAGCUUGAUCUCAACCUCAAGCUUUAAUUAGCUAACUCGUGCGUACGUUUUUUACUAUCUUCCAUUCCAUCUUCUUAUCCUCCUUGAACUAGCUAGUGUGUGCACGCAUGUUCGUCCUGUACUAUACAUAUACUUUGGUUUGUAGUAUUACUAUGGUCUUCCCUUGUCUCCGUGGGUUUUCACUGGAAAAGGACUCAAAUGUAUUAUACCCCCUUUGAUCCGUAUUAACUG